UAAGAGUAUGACAGUGCAGUGGAGCAGCUACACUGGAGCCAGCUCCUACAAGAUCACAGCGACACCAAAAAACACACCUGGACAACCCGUCUUCGCUCACUUCAGUGGCAACGUCGUGACAGGCUCCGUCAUCUCCCUGUCACCGAACACAAUGUACACCAUGCAGCUCGAAGCCAUGGACAAUGCUCUCAAUGUCCUGAGCAGCGCAGACACAGAGGAUACCACAGCUCCUGAAGUGCCCAGCAUCGAGCAGGCCUACUCUAAAAACAGCGACAGCAUCACUGUUGAGUUCACAGAGGUCUCCGGGGCAACCAGCUACAUCCUGAGGGCGCAGUCUGAGAGUGGUGAUUACUUCUCUGAGAUGGUGGUGGUCAGCUCACCCGGUACCGUGGUGAAGCUCAAGCCCUACACAGACUACAGGCUGAGUGUCAUGUCCGUCAACUCAGGGGGGCGGAGCCAGCCCUCGUACCCCAUCGAGGCCAGGACAGUGGUAAUGGCGCCCCAGCUGAACACCACCUCUCCUAACAACGCUUCCAUUGUUGUGACUUGGCCCCCGGUGGAGAACGCUGUCCUCUACAUGCUCUGCAUCAUUCAGGAGGGCUCCAGCUCCCGGGUCAAACUGAACACCACUGACACCACGGUCAACUUUAAUGACCUUGCAGCAGGGACCACCUACUGUAUCAAGGGCACAGCAUGGGACUCUGAGGGUCGAGCUGGAGACGACCUCACUGUCUGCCAGAUCACACGUCCUCCCAGCCCAGAUGUGACGUUGGUCCAGGUGUCUCCGGGACGGUCGAUUGGGAUCGCUGUGUACUGGUUGUUAGUGCAGGGAGCUGAAAACUACUUGGUCUGGACUUCUAAUGGUCAACACUGUAAUUCAACAUCUGAUAGUUACUGUUCUAUCGUACCAGUGGAGUGUGGCCAGAACCACUCUGUCUCUGUCACAGCCUAUAACAAAGCUGGUCCCAGCAGCCCCUCGCAACCGGCAGACUACAUAACAUAUCCGUGCCCCCCAGAGAACAUCUGGGUGGAGGAGCCCGAAGCAGGCAACUGCUCGGUGGUGUGGGAUAGUGUACCAAUGGUGGAGUACUACAUGGCUUUCAUAAAGAGGGAUGACGGCACUGAGAUGUCGUGUAAUACCACUGAAACCACCUGCCAGUUUUCCUGCAUGUGUGGCUACACCUACCUGACCUCCGUCUUCCCCUACAACAAGGCCGGGUCAAGCCCUUUCGCAGACGUCAGCAACUACACCACCAUUCCUUGUUGCCCACAGGGUGUUACCAUACAGCUAGUUUCUACAGAGACCCUGGAGAUCAAUUGGAUGCCGGUCAAAGGGGCCGAGCUGUACCAGACCAUGGCGGCACAGACUAAUGAUGUGAUCCACUGUAACGACACAGCUCCAGUGUGUGCGCUGUCAGAUUUGAAGUGCGACACAGCUUAUUCUGUGACCGUCACACCUUGCAGCGAGUUACGAGGAUGCAACCACACCUGCACACCACACACACAAAAAACAGGUACAUCAAUUAUCUCUUCUUUUUUUAAUAUGAAAACAGCUCCGUGUGCUCCAGAGAUCCUGAAUAUGACUCAGAGCAACAACUCAACAUACAGAAUCCACAUCACAAUGCCUAACACCCCAAACACAAAUUACACCAUUAAAGCCACCGGACGCUUUGCCACACACACCUGCCAGACAACAAACUCGUCCUGUGAGCUCACACAGCUGCCCUGUGGUUCGUCAUAUGACGUCAUUGCAGUGGCCAUCACAACUGUGGGGAGAAGUCUUCCCGGAUUCAGUAAAACCUUGGAAACAGGUCCUUGCUGCCCCACAUAUGUAAAUGUGACCCAGGUGACCCAGGCUAUGACAAACGUGACCUGGUCACCGGGCAGCGGCGCUCGCUCCUACGUCACCUCCCUGACGUCCCCACGAGGACACGCCAAGUGCCACACUCUGGACACCCACUGCUUGAUGGGAUGCAUCACCUGUGGCACCGACUACAGUGUUCACUUGGAAGCCAUCAGCAGCACAGGACACAAGUCAGAGUGCAAAUAUUAUGGAUUCUCAUCAGGUGCCUGUUGUCCGACAAGUAUGAAGCUCUAUCGCAUGCGAAGCUACUCCCUGCGGGUGUCCUGGCGCUCUCUGGGUCCUCAGACUCACAACCACACAGUAGACCUUUACGGGACGGGAGCCAACUACACCUGCACCGCGGCUGCCGGCAGCAAACACUGCGAUAUCGAGGAGAGAACGUGUGGGGACGUCUACAAAGUAGUGGCAGCACCAGUGGGACAGGACGGGAUCAAAGUCAGCUUCUGUCAACCGAGGACAUACUCCAUUCCCUGCCCAGGAAAUAAUGCUGGCAUGCUGAUUUCUCGCGGAAAACGAAGUGUGGAUUAAUUGCGCCCUUCGGUGAACACCCCCCACCCCAUUACCGUCAAUACUCAGCACAGACAGAAGACUGUAUACACCAACAACAACUGUUGAGACCCAAUCCACCCGAUGGAAUUUCACUCUUGUAAAAGAAUAUCCUGAUUUUUUGUUACUGCUGUUUGGAAAAAAUGCCUUAUAGAGAACGUUAAACUGUUGAAAACAAUAAAAUAUAUGAAA